AUGGCCAAACAUCAUCCAGAUUUGAUUUUCUGUCGUAAACAGCCGGGCGUCGCCAUUGGUCGUCUGUGUGAGAAGUGCGACGGGCGAUGUGUGAUUUGCGAUUCGCACGUUCGUCCGGCGACACUCGUUCGCAUUUGUGAUGAGUGCAAUUAUGGAUCCUACCAGGGUCGCUGUGUGAUCUGUGGUGGUGCUGGCGUGUCGGACGCCUACUAUUGCAAGGAAUGCACAAUUCUGGAGAAGGAUCGUGACGGAUGUCCGAAGAUUGUGAAUCUGGGAAGUGCCAAGACGGACUUGUUCUACGAGCGGAAGAAAUUUGGACCCAAGAAAGCAUAG